AUGAAGGAAUCUAGAUCUGUCAUUACGAACAACCAGAAUGGUCCUGAUAUGAGGCCCCCAGGGCUUUGGCAAGGUAAUUUUCUGCCCGGUGCUAUUAUGCAACCCCAGUUAAGCCGAAAAGAUGGUACUUUAUAUAUUGCUAGUUUGCGUAACAUUAGCAUUUAUUAUCUUAAUAGCAAGUGUACUGGCAGUUAUGGAGUUGUGGUUCCUAUCGUACUUAACCUGAUCUUAAUAUCCAUGUAUAUCUUAAUUGGAGCCAUAUUAUUCGGUUUCUGGGAAGGUUGGGAUCUCUUGUCUGCUGCCUAUUUUACCUUUGUAACCCUGACAACCAUAGGAUUUGGAGAUUACACACCAGGAAAAUCCUUCUUAAACUAUAAGGAUGGAGUAUCCGCAUCGAUGACCAUGGUUGCAACGUGCGCGUACGUGUUGCUUGGCAUGGCUUUGGUCAGUAUGUGCAUUAAUUUGAUGCAGGAGCAACUGAUCGAGAAAGUCAAGUGGUUCGGAAGAGAAAUUGGACUCAUAAAAACACCCACCGAAGAAAAAAGUAGAUCGCCUUCCAUACAUUCUUCCGAUACUGGACAAAAAUACUAAAAAUGUGUGCGAAAAUGUGUGCGAUUUUAAAUACAAUAUUUUUUAUUAGAUGUUUUUCUAGCACAAUAAACGAGUGCUCAUUCAAAAUGAGAGUGCUUCAAUUUGUAAAUAUGUGGAUGUGCCUUAUGUCACGUUUGUUUGAUCAAAAUCAUCACAUUGAGUUAACUCAAUAUUGCCCUCCCCCACGAUUGUUAAGAAUUUUAAACAGAUAAUUAAUAAAAAUGGAAUGUUUGCAUAAUGUCUAAUUUUUUAAAAUUAUGUUUGUAGUGUAAAUUUUGAGUUUUGUAGUCAAUAAGAUCAAA